AUGCCUUCCGAAAAGACUCCUUUCUAUGAUCCUAUACCGCCCACCUACGAUCAGGCCGUGGCUAGCGGUAGUCAUUACGAUCCAGAUGACUGGGCUCCUGCUCCGAGGUCUCCAACAAAUGAACGUAAUGCAACAGAGGCGGAAUCACAGGGUCUCCUACAACAUUCGAGUGGCGCCAGUUCCUCCCGCAGGCCCGACGGUUAUCGACCACCAACAGUAGAGACGGACGAUGAGGACAGUUUAUGGGCCAGCGAUAGCGAGAGUGACGAUGAAGCCGCGCAGGUUCGACGUGAGAUGCAGGAGAUGGAGAUCGAGGAACCCGACCGAUCCCGAGGCUCUCAGUGGGGGAAGCGAAUAGGGUCAUAUCUAACUCUACCGCGGUGGAAAUGGUCCUGGAGGCCGAGAUUACCACGAUUACGCAUACAAUUACCUCAACGAGCUGAUGCGCCAGCUGCCGACGACGCCGAGAAUGCCACGGGUGAGAAUGAGGAGACGCCAAGCCAGACAACGAGGAGGUGGAACAUACCGAAGGUGGACAAAACAACCGUCAUCUUAUUUUGUGUACGCAUUUUGGCCCUCACAAUCAUCCUGGGAUUUUUCUAUCUGCUCUUCGCCAGCGAUAUGUUUGGUGGUCUGUCAGAUAGAUUAGGGGGUGGUUUCCGUUUCAACCCUGAGGACCUUAGAGCCCAUCUGCUGCGCACCGUUGAUCCCAUGAGAAUGCGCGCAUCAGUACAGCACUUUUCGAAUUACGCCCAUAUUGCUGGUACCGAGGGUGAUUAUGCGACCGCGUUGGAUGUUCAGGCCAUGUUCAGCAGGGCACUGCUGGAUGAGGUUAUGAUGGAUGAGUAUCAGGUUUAUCUCAACUACCCCCGCAAGGAUGGUCGUGCGGUGCAGAUCAUGGACGAGAAGGAUCUCAACAAGGCCAAAUGGACGGCUAAGCUAGAAGAAGAGGAGGUCGGAGGCGAAACUGCAGGUCGACAAACUUACGCCUUCCACGGGUACUCAAAGUCGGGUGACGUCAAGGGACCCCUAAUUUACGCCAAUUAUGGUACAAGAGACGAUUUCAAGCAUCUUGCAAGCAAAGGUUUCAAUGCCACGGGAGCUAUUGCGUUGGUGAAAAACGGUGGUCCUCUGGAGAAUCAGGCUCUCAAGGUCAAGGCAGCCGAGCUGGCAGGCUUUGCUGGCUGUCUCAUCUACUCCGACCCUGCGGACGACGGUUUCAAGAAGGGUGUUGUAGCUCCUGAAGGACUGUAUAUGCCCUCAGACGGUGUUCAAAGAGGCUCCGUAGGUCUCACUAACUGGGGAAUUGGUGACCCCUUGUCGCCUGGUUAUGGUAGCAAGGGUGAUCAGCGAAUCACACUCGACAAGGCCAAUGGACUUGUCGGUAUCCCCAGUCUCCCUCUUGCUUGGAGAGAUGCCAAGGUUCUGCUACAGCAUCUCAAGGGUUAUGGCGAAAAGGUGCCUAACAAGUGGGAGGGCGGCGUCCCAGACGUCGAGUGGUGGACCGGCAGUGAGAAAUCCCCAAUUGUGCGCUUGAAGAACGAGCAAGAUGAGGAUUCAUUACACACUAUCUGGAAUGUUUAUGGUCGAAUCAAUGGUAUGGAGCAGACGUCCAAGUCUAUCAUCAUCGGCAACCAGCGAGAUUCUUGGGCUUUCGGAGCGACGGACCCCCACUCAGGCACAGCUGUCAUGAUUGAGAUGGCUCGAAUCUUUGGAGAUCUUGUACAGCGAGGCUGGAGGCCACUGAGGACCAUCGAAUUUAUGUCUUGGGAUGCCUCUGCGUACAACCUGAUUGGCUCGACUGAAUAUGUCGAGCACAACUCAGAGGCUUUGCGUGACAAUGCCUUUGCUUACCUCAACCUUGGGGCGGCUGUCGUCGGAAAAGACCUGCAUGCUUCAGGAUCGCCGGUGUUCCGAAAGUCUCUCCUUCAUGCCCUGGGCCGAGUUAUCGACCCCUCUACUAAUAGUACAUUGAAGGACCUUUGGGAACAGAGCCAUGCCGAGCUGAAGCAGCCAGAGGGACGUGGCGACCACAUUCCAUUCCAGGAUAUCGCAGGAACAAGUGCACUCGAUCUGGCCUUCAGGGGGACCCAAGUCCCUCACCACUCAAGUUACGACAAGAUUGGAUUGGUGGACAACUUCAUCGAUCCCGACUUCGAGUACCACGGCGCAAUGGGACAAGUGAUAGCUCUGCUCAUUCUCGACAUGGCCGAUCGGCCCAUCAUGCCGUUUGAUAUGGGCUGGUAUGCACAGAGACUAGGCCAAUGGGUCAAAGAUCUCGAGAAGUGGGCACUCAAGAAAAUGGACGGCCAGCCCAAGGGCGAGAAAGACGCAUUCAAGGAACUCAAGGACGCUGCAACACUUGUUCAGCACAACGUCGCCACAUUUGAGAAGUGGGAAAUGGAAUGGGACCGCGAGGUCUUGGGCAACGGAGGCUGGGAGGCCAACGAUAUUGGUGCCUCUCGACUUGCAUACAACAACAAGAUGGCAUACUUUGAGACAGCGUUACUGGACCUUGAAAUCGGCGGUGGUAUUCCCAACCGUACACAGUUCAAGAGCGUCGUCUUCGGACCAGAGGCUUGGUCCAACGACGGAGCCAUCUUCCCUGCUAUUCGCGACUACAUCGAGGAGGGAAACUGGAAAGCCGCCAAACCGAUGGUUGCCAAGACGGCAGCGCUUCUUCGCAAAGCAGCAACAAUCUUAGAGAUGCAAUAA